UAUAAGGUACAUAUGGUUUAGGGUGUAUAUGGUUAGGGUACAAGAUAUUGAUGGUUUUGACGGUUCUAAGUUUUUAUUAACAUAUGUUCACUUGAAGUCAUUUGAAGUCUUUAACGGCAGGAGAUCCCUUUUUAAUUUAUGUUUAUGGUACGUGGUUAGGGUACAAGGUAUGUGGUGUAAAGUAAAGGAUAUAUGGUUAGGGUAUAACAAUCAGCAAAUAUCACUUUUUAUCUAUGUUUUGAAAAUCAAAGUAUGAAUUUCACUUUUAAAUUAACUAUACUAGCAAAAUCACAACUCAAGGACAUAUGAUUAGGGUAUAGGUUAUGUGGUUAGUGUAUAAUGUAUUGAUGGUUUAGGGUAUACAAUCAACAACAUAUACUAACUUAAUAUUGUUGAUUGAGGGUAAGUGUAUAGGAUAUAUGUUAUUGAGUAAGUUAUGAUUGAAGUCACAAUAAUUUUACUAAAUUUGAUAGCUAAUCUUUAAUGGUUCAAUUUGUAGGAUAAUUCGAACAAUUUUACAAAUAACUCGUUUGGCAACAGUUUACUAAAGUUAUUUGGGCAAUGAGUUAUUUUGAAAUAACUCCUUUUAUCACAAUGCUUUUGCCAAAUACCACACGCCAAAUACCAGAUUUGCAUGGUUAUACUAAACGAGAUACUUUAAUCCAAUUGCUAAUGAAUUAAUACUAAAAUAUCAAAUAAACAAUUAACGGUGUCUUUCGGUUGCAAAUAUUGAUAUCACCAUUACUAUUAGCUAUAAUACUUUACCAAUUAUGAUUAAUUACAUAACAAGUUUGCAAGUCAUACAAAUUGAUUUAACAUUUUGACUAGUUUUUUUCAAAAAAAUAAAGUAUAUAUAUACGAGGUAGAAAUAAACUGGUUAAAAAGUUGAGAAAAUAUUUUAAAUUAGUGUAAUAAAAUGUGUAAGUUGGUAAUGAGUAAUGAGUUAAGUUACUUGAUGCGAUGGCCCGAACAACCCGAAACCCGACCCGCCCGCAACCCACCCGACCCAAAACCCGAUGAACCCGCAACCCGAUUUGCCCGCAACCCGACUGAAUCCGAACCCGAUGAACCCGCAACCCGACUAACCCUCAACCCGUUUGAACCCGAACCCGAUGAACCCGAACCCGAUGAACCCGAACCCGAUGAACCCGCAACCCGACUAACCCGCAACCCGUUUGAACCCGAACCCGAUUGAACCCAGCCCGAACCCGCCCGAACCCGCCCGAUUGACACUCCUCAUCAUAGGGAUAUGUGUCCGCUGGGAGCUGCUCAGUUGGAAGAUGUUCAGUAUAUCAAUAAUCCGCGAAGUCAAGGUCAGGGUGGUAUGUAUUCAAAUACAUAUAACCCUCAAUGGAGACAUCACCCCAAUAUGUCAUGGUCAAACAAUAAUCCAGUUGGUGUUCGAAACAUCCCAUCUCCUGGUUUUCAACAGGAGCAGCCUCAACCAGAGAAGAAGCCCUAGCUGGAGGAGUUGAUUUUGGCUCAUAUGCAGAAAACAGACAAUAAUUUCAAGGGUCUGGAUCAAUUUGUCACUCAACAGCUAGCCAUCAACAAUAAUUUACAAUCGUCUAUGCUAGCUAUGGAGAGGCAGAUGGGACAGAUGGCUCAAACUUUGGCAGAUAUGCAAGGCAGGAUUCCUUGGACAUUACCAGCAAAUACUGAGAGGAAUCCGAAGGAUGCCAUGGUUGUAGCAGUGACAUUGAGGAGUGGAAAGGCCUUGGAAGACCCUAGCAGCUCGAAAAAGGCACCAGAGACAGAGGAGGAAGCACCGGGAGAAAGAUCUUGUGCAGAAAAUGAAGAAUCAGCCUUGCACAGGCAAAAUGAAAGCAGUUUGCCUGUGCAAAAGCAUGUUGCCCGUGUACCUCAAAAAGUGGAAAAAUUGAAGAAUGAAGAGGUAAAGCCUUAUGAACCUCCCGCACCAUUCCCUCAAAGGUUAAUGAAGCCCAUGGAAGACCCAAACUUCAAGAAAUUUGUGAAUAUCUUCAAGCAACUUCAGAUUAACAUACCCUUGGCGGAGGCACUUGAAUAAGGUGCUAUGCGGUCUUAAAUAGGAUAUCGGUCUUCAGGCUAAAUAAUUAAGUCAUUGAGCUACGACAGUAGGAUUUGAUUUAAUUGUUUAGUACGUAGUAAAUCCCGACAAGGAUAGCUAGCACAUUCGUGAUAUCCUGGCUGUAGAGAGUUGGAUUAAAUUGAUUGGAAUAUGUGAAUCAAUCUGGAUAUGAUAGGUAGUGAAUUUCGGUGUUUCUCCCAGAGCUUUCUCCCAUUGAUUUUCUCCCGACAGUUUUCAUUUAGUUAAUUUUAUUUUGUACCAGUAAUACACACCCCGCACAUCCAACAUUAUAAUACCUAAAAUUUUGGGUAUGCCUACUAUUACAUGCAUGUCACCGUGACAUGGACUUUUCGGUCGACCUAAUCCUGAAGGCGGUCGACCGAAUUGACUAAUUUGGGCAGCCCGAGAAAGCAUUGCGGUCGACCUCAAAGACCACUUGGUCGACCGUUCUUAGCUUAAGUUGUUAUUUUUGGUUGACCAGAAUAAACCUCGGUCGGCCAUUUCGUUGGCGUCAGAAACAACAUGGUCGACCAGAUAAAGAAAGAGGUCGACCAGAUAGACGAUAAGUGUUCUAUCAAUUUAUCCAAUCAUUUAACGUAAAAUGAAGAUCAAGUGUUGGUGUCGAGGUCGACCUAAUCCGGUACGACGUCGACCGAAUACAAAAAGGUCAACCUAUGCCCCAUGUCUUUUUCGCUUAUGUAUGUCCAUUUGUGUGGUUCUUUUGCUCGUAUAAAUUACGCUUUAAACC